CUAGAAUAUAGUCUGCCGUGGAUCGUCGGACCGUUCAGUCUUUUGUGUCGUUCAGUAUCAACCGAUUCGUGUGAUCGACAGCACAGCUCAAAUUUUUUUUCUUUUUUUUCUAAUUCCUUGAAGUAACUUAAAACACAAAUCAAAAUGGCUGAUGAUGAGAAAAAGGCAGCUGCUCCCGCCGCUGCACCAGCUGCGGCUGCGGCCAAACCGGCAGCGGCUGCGGCUGCGGCUCCGGCCAAACCGGCAGCGGCAGCGGCUGCUGCCAAACCGGCAGCGCCAGCCGCCAAUGGAAAGGCGCCGGCGGCCAAUGGAAAGGCGCCGGCAGCUGCGGCCGCGCCAGCCGGCCCGCCCAAGGAUCCCAACGAUCCGAAAGUGAAGGCCGAGGAGGCUAAGAAGGCUAAACAGGCUGAGAUCGAGCGCAAGCGUGCUGAGGUGCGCAAGCGCAUGGAGGAAGCCUCCAAGGCCAAGAAGGCCAAGAAGGGUUUCAUGACCCCAGAAAGGAAGAAGAAACUCAGGUUGCUGCUGCGUAAGAAAGCCGCUGAGGAGUUGAAGAAAGAACAGGAACGCAAAGCGGCUGAACGUAGACGCAUCAUUGAAGAACGUUGCGGCAGUCCCAGGAAUCUCAGUGAUGCCAGUGAAGAUACCAUUCAGAAAGUCUGUCACGACUAUCACACUAAGAUACUGAAAUUGGAAUCUGAGAAAUUCGAUCUCGAGUACGAGGUAGCCAGAAAGGAUUAUGAGAUCAACGAUCUCAAUGCCCAAGUUAACGAUCUUCGCGGCAAGUUCGUCAAGCCAGCCCUGAAGAAGGUCUCCAAAUACGAAAACAAAUUCGCCAAGCUGCAGAAGAAGGCCGCUGAGUUCAACUUCCGCAACCAACUUAAGGUCGUGAAGAAGAAGGAGUUCACACUGGAGGAGGAAGAGAAGGAGAAGAAACCCGACUGGUCCAAGGGCAAACCCGGCGAUGCCAAGGUGAAGGAGGAGGUUGAGGCCGAAGCUUAAGUGUCCACACGUCCACUAGUGUCCACUGACCCGUGACUCCCGCCCUAAACAAUAAUUGAGAUUAUUAAACAACAAUUUUCUGAAGCAAUUCAAUUUAUAUAAUUCUAUUAAAUAUAUAUCUAAAAAUAUAUAUCUCUAUAUACAUAUAUACAUGUAUAUAUCUCGCCAUAUAUAUGUGCCAUAUGAAUUUGAACAGAAUGAAGUCAAUAAACCACAACAGCAACAACUAAAA